AUGUAUCGCCAGUGUCGGAACAAGCUACACGUGGUCACCAUGACUCUGCUGAACACGGACGGGGUCUCGAUGAUCCAGGCAUGGUAUUGCAUUUCUGUCCCGGUCAGUCAUGAGCUGCAUGGCAUCCGGUCUUUGCUGAGCACUGGCAAAGAGGGCUGCAGACAGCACUGGCUUGAACAGGCUCGGGGGGGGCCUUUGGCAGUAGCCGGUCGGAUUCUGGAGCAGCUUCUGCAGCCAGACACGUUGGAGAGCACAGGUCUUUGGUUUGAGGCCGAGCUCUGUGGCAAUGCUGUUGGCAGAAUGUCUGUGGACCACCCACAGGUUCGGCUACAGGACAAACAAAGCCAACGACACAUGAAGAUGGCCUUGACGCUGGUCUUUUACAAGCUCGUGUACGCUUCUCCGGUCCUGUUUGGCUACCCGAUGAAAUUAGUCUUGCUGCUGGGCACCGAGGCUGAGCAAUGGCAGUUGAGCAAAGGUCUGCGUUGUUUUCUGGAUGAUUGUUUCAGUGGCUUCGGGUGCACGUGGAAUGAGGAAGGUUUCUCCCGACUUCGUGAAACAGAGUCCACAGAAAACAAAGGUCAUGACAUGACAUCAUGCCAGGUGUGGCAAACGCUUUCCUUCAGAAAGGUCUUGGAGGGUUCUGGCUUUCACGAGGUCGCCACAGAUACGACCUUGCCAGCAGUCAGUUUGCCUGAGUCUGUUUACCACAUCCAGCGUAAGCAGCCCACUUCGCCUGUGCUGAAAGGAAUCCUGAAACAAAUGGUGUGGCCUUCCCUUUCACCUCAAGGUGUAGGGGGCCUUGCCUGCGAGCUGACGUUAUUAGCCAACGCCAAGGACUCCGACUCGAUUGGCAAGCUCGCAGCAACGUGGCGGAGCACUCUGUUGCGUCAGGGCUUGGUGGUGAUGCACAAGUCCUGGCCUCGACCUUGUCUGUCUUUGGGCGUUUGGCCUGGCAACAGUGGUGUGUUGCUAGUCCCUUUACAGGAAUGUAAAUAUGGAUGGAGUCUUGCCGAUGCUGCUUUAUCCACAGCAUCACUUGUGUGGGCGCAGGUCUCCUGCUUCACGGAUUGGUCUGUGUUGCCAUCAGACACGUAUAGCCCACUUCACAUGUUUGCAAGGCACAAAGAGAGAGACCUGUCUGCUCUCCCGCUGGUGUGUAAGUCAGACGAAGAUUCCCGCAAUAAGGUCCCGCUUCUGGAGUAUAGUGCCCAGCACGCAUACUGGGAUUUGCCAGCCAGCAUCUUGAAGCUCUUGGCAAAAGAAGAGUUUGCCCAGGAUGCCGCGGUCCAAGACAGUCAUCUCGUAGGGGAACUUUUGCGGGUCUGCGUUGAAAAGGCGCUGAAGGUCUCACCAGAAAAGGCUGCUGACAUCAUGGAGAGCAACUUGCACCAUAGACACGCGGACGACAAACAAGACCUCAUCGAUUUGCUGAAGCAGCCAGCUUUCGAAGAACUCGUUCACGCUCGAGACCAACAAGAAGUGCAAGAUGCCUUGAAGCAAGCCAAGGCCUCUCAUCAGGCAUUUUUGGACGUUGCAGGGGCAAUCAGCCGCGUGCGCAAAGCAGGGUCCAAAGCAAAAGCUGUCAAGCGAAAGCCGGUCAACUUUGCAAGUUUCAGGGUCUUCGAUGCAGAGCGUGUGUCUGCGUGGCUGCCAGAUGGCUCUUAUCGGUGCUACCGUGACACUUUUAACAAGUGUUGGCGGAUUUUCCACAAAAGUGGAUGGAGUAUGAGCAGGUCUUGGGGGCCAAGCGGGAAUGAGUCAACGCCAGUGGAAUCGGUUGUGCAAGGCGCCUGGGAGAGGCACAAAAUGUUUCACCCAAACUGCCAGUGCCCGUUCGACUUCAAGAAUGUCGUGGCAUGA